AUGGCUGAUGAAUCCGCAGGAGAGGUUGAUCUAAGGUUGGGAGAACCUAAGGGACCCAAAGUAGAGCCCGAGACGGAGGAGGGUUCCGCCAUACGUGUCAUGCCGGUGGCUGUGCACGUGCCGCCAGGGAUGUCCAUGUCCAUGUCCAAGGCCCUGGCCCAAGCCCAAGCCCAGGCCCAACCACAGAAGCGGGCAUCCACCAAGGACCGUCACACCAAAGUCGAGGGGCGAGGCAGGAGGAUCCGAAUGCCCGCCACAUGUGCGGCGCGGAUCUUCCAGCUCACCCGAGAACUUGGACACAAGUCUGAUGGUGAAACCAUCCGCUGGCUCCUCGAACAUGCCGAGCCCGCCAUCAUCGCCGCCACCGGUACCGGCACCGUCCCCGCCAUCGCCAUGUCCGUCAACGGCACGCUCAAGAUUCCGACUACCUCUCCCUUGGACGCGGAACCCGGAGACCCGCCCGAGAGGAAGAAGCGCAAGCGACCCGCCAACAGCGCCUACGUGGACGUAACCGAUGGCGCCGUUUCGGUCUCCGCCGGCCUCGCGAGCUCAAAUAACCAAAAAGCAACGUCGACGACAAGCACCUCUACGACGACGACAAUUCUGCAGCACACCGCGAUUCCGUUGCCGCAGGGCGUGGUCCCCGUGUGGGCCAUACCUUCAAACGGCGUUGUUCCUGCUGCAGGCGCAUUCUUCGUCGUCCCACAAACGGCGUCGUUCCAGCACCAGCCGCAGUUCUUCACUAUAGCGCGACCUAUCUCUGCGUUUGUCUCCUCCAUGGUCACACCUGUUCAACUCCAACCAACCGCAAUAUCCUCUCCCACCAACGUUAACCCUUCCUCUACCGCACCGUCUUCGAAUUCGCCGGCAAGAGCCACCGUCAUGGCUCCGACCACCACCACCACGCAGAUGCUGCGAGAUUUCUCCUUGGAGAUUUACGACAAGCAAGAGUUGCAGUUCAUGUCGCGCGCAUCUUCCAAGCAUUGA